AUGGAGGACCCAGAGUCAUCCUCCACGGGUCUCGCGUCCUCCAACCCUCGAGCCGAAAGGGCAACUGCGUAUAACGACGCGACGGAAAAGACGCAUGCCACGCUAAACACUACUGCCCUCCAGCCCCCCACGAACCUAAAUGCGACGUCGACCCUGACCAACUCGGACCUUUCGAUUGGAAGGGGAUUCACCGAUCCAUCGCUGCCCAGAUAUCACGUCCGCGCUCCGUCUACUGCGUUGAAGCUUGACACGGACCUCGCCAUCGCCUGCAACCCAAACUCUUCACGAUCUCUCCACCCCGCCAAUCUGGAGGCCAACGGGAGCGACGCGCUGCGGCAAUCGGCCACUGCGCCGAUUGCGAUACAGGACAGCGGCUAUCUGAGGACUGCCUGGUCUACUGCUAGUCUUGGUUCGCUGUCGCCCUCCUCAGCCAUCUCGUCGCCUGCACUGGCCGCGCUGGGAGACAUAACCCCGCUUCCCUCACCACUGGUCAUGGGCGACUCACCGGGGCCAUGGCAGAGAGCUGACCAUCGUCCUCGCUCGCGGGGCAUAUCGGGCGCCUCUCGCGACGACUCCUUUGCCAUGUUCACCAAGGGCACCCUGUCUCCGUCGCCCUCGCUCAAGAAGAAAGGAUACUCGGGGCUGAAAGCGGCCGCCAUCGAGGCGGCUGCCGCGAACUCCCAGCAGAGGAACGAGGCAGCCCGUGAACGCAACAGAAGUAUUAGCGAGUACACUCCAGAUGCAAUGCGCAACGCUCGUCCCCGACAAGUCUCGGUGGUAGAAACGGACCCCAACAUGCAACAGCGUAUGAACCGCGAAACAUACCUUGCGACGCAGAGGGGCCUUGCCCCCGCGAAGGUGCCAGCCGGCCUUCCUACCCCACCCGCGAGCAACGCAAGCAACCGCAGUGUUACUGAUACCGAAGAAGAAGACGUGCCCGACGAUGACAAGACUCAAUACAUAGUGGUGCGGUGUGGACCUCAGAAGACGAAGAAGCUCUGGCGUCCUGUCCGGCAGCUUGGUCAGGGUACCUUUAGCAAAGUCUACCUGGCAACCUGCGAAAAGACCAAAGCCAAGGCACCCCUUGAUGAGAACGUUUUGGACCCACGGAAGCUCGUCGCCAUCAAAGUCGUCGAGCAUGGCCCGGCCGGGGGUGCCGAUGAAGAACGCGUAGAACUAAGCCUCAAGCGAGAGGUCGAGAUGCUCCGAUCAGUAUCACAUCCGUCUCUCGUACAUCUCCAAGCCUUCGAUCACGAUGACGCGCAAGCUCUUAUUGUCCUUACCUACUGUCCCGGUGGUGAUCUGUUUGAUGUAGCCAGUGAUCAUCGCGACAAGCUGACUGUCGAUAUCGUCCAUCGUAUCUUCGCCGAGAUGGUCAGCGCUGUGCACGUUCUUCUCAACAUCCCUGUGUCUACUGUGCCUCUACUCAAGAACCCACAGAGCCAUCCGCAUGCCAUAGCGACACUUACGGAUCUUGGUCUCUCUCGACGCAUCCCAGCUCCACCCGAGUCACCUCUUCUGACAACACGAUGCGGUAGUGAAGAUUAUGCAGCUCCAGAGAUUCUGCUUGGUCAACCAUAUGACGGCCGUUCAACUGAUGCCUGGGCGCUUGGUGUCCUUCUUUAUGCUCUUAUGGAGGGACGACUCCCCUUUGAUCCGCUUCCAGGCAAGGCCGCAUCUCGCAGUAGAGCCGCUCACCGUAUCGCCAGAUGCGAUUGGUCUUGGGUCAAGUUUGGCGACGAAGACGGCGAGUGGGAUGCUGAGAAGGGCAAAGAAUGGGCUGGCGCUCGCGAGUGCGUUGAGGGUCUACUGAAGAAGGUCUCACGUGGCCGCAAGAGCUUGGAGGACAUCGAGAAGCUGGAAUGGGUCCAGCAAGGCAUUCAAGUUGAGGGCGGCCUAAAGACGAGGCCAGAAGAUGAGGUUGCAGAGACCGCUGUGGCCCAAACCCCGCCGAGGUGA